GGCGAGUUGUCCAGUCUUCUCGGACUAUUCCUUGACAUUGGGUCAUGCAGCUCGUUAACAUACUCACGCCUAGGUGGGCCUUUGGGCCGGCCAUCCUCGUUACACGAGGGUCAACCAUUUUUAUGUAUUAUUAAGAUCAAUCACGUUUGUUAUUGCUUUCUUUGGUGGAAACAAUAUAAUAUCAGCACUUGGACCCCCCCCCCACGUUAACACCACUGACCAACAUACACUCAAUAGCUAUCAAUAGGUUUAUGACAAGUGAUUCAUAAAACAUUCAGGUAACAAUUGGUGAACAAAAUGGUUCAAACACUUACUAUUUACAUCUUCUGGAAUACAGUUACGGAAAAACAUCCAAAAAGUAUAUAGUUUUAGCCUUACAGAUAUCUCCCAGGUUCACCACUUCAGAUUAGAACAGGUAGACGGGUCGGAGUAACAGCACAGUGUAAUAAUGUUGUGAUCAUUCUGUACAGUUACCCACAAGAGUCCUGUCCUCCUCAGCUCCACACUCGUCAACCACAAACAUUUAUCAACACAAUAAUUCAUCACUUUAUUAAUCUCUUUUUUUUGUGCCAAUUACAGUCGUUAGUUUAUUGUGCACCCAUACUCAUCCUGUGAGCGGUAGCACAAAAGGAUUACAGAGUAGAGGUCACAAAGGGCGUGUAUAACAGUCCCUCAAUGGUCAGGAGAUUGUGGCAUUGACGCUGGGUACUUGUGAAACUAUCGUAGGUGGUGGUGUGGCACUGUGUUACCAUCGACCAUCAUUGACUGUGGCUCCGGCUACUAUAGGGGAGGGUACAAUUACUGCUGCUGACCGUACAUGUAUUAAUUUCCAGCGAGAGUCAAGCAAGGACGGUCAAGUUAUACUGAACAGUGAGACAGAAGACGACGAUGAUGCAGAGAAAGCAAGUGUCUCUGUUCGUGACGGCUGCCACCGUGAUCAGUAUGGUGGUACUCACCUACUUCAGUGACCAGACAACGAGAGUGUUAAGCACAGCUGAGCUUCAGGAAGAAUCGCCAUCAUCACAGGUAAGGGUGGAGCAAACCCUAGGGACGUCAACUUUGCUCCCAACCAGCACAAAUGACUACACGAAGCCCUCACACGUGUUCCGGAACAAUGACGAGACACUAAACGGAAUAUCAAACUUAUCAGAAUUCAGCAGAGAGAAGUCAGAUACGAAGUCGGAAGAGUCAAUCGGACAGGUGGUAAGAGCGAGAGCUGAACACCUGCUCCAGGAAUGUCAACGAUCUGAGGUGAAACAACUUGCACCCUACCGACCCUGGACGAUAGAGAAACACACGUUAACUAGACCAUUUCCAGUGUGUGUCGCUCCUAAGGGAGGCUCGAUUACCUGGAGGUACUUAUUGGAAAAGUUGAGAAAGAUAAACAAUGGGAGCCGAAAAGACCUCAAGACCUUGGUAGUGAGGCAUCCACUUGCUCGUCUCGCCUCAGUCUACAGAGACAAAUACCUGAAUGGUCUGCCGUUGAAUCAAUACAACAGGACCUUCACUAGAGUAACGGGAAGUGGCCAGACGUGGAGAGACAGGUGGCAGGAGUACUGGCUCCCUACCCUCAUUAAUAAAGGUCUUGUUAAAGCUUCCCCUAAAUACCUGAAAACAAUACAGGAAGCUUCAGAGGCUUUUAAAUAUAUAGCAAAGACGUCAAUAAACUCUGCUGGAAAGAUUUCACUUUCUGCACCAUUCAGAAUUAAAUCCAAUUAUCAUCCUAAGAUCCUGAGCCUAGCCAAGAGGAUGCUGGAACAAGGGAGGCAUUUAGGAGUUAUCGCUGCUGUUAAUGACGGUUAUUCUAUUGAAGAGCAAAAUAACCUCAAGAAACAGUUUAUAAACUUCUCCUUCACUAUGGAAGACUUCCUUCACCACCUGUUGUGGACUUGGGACAAGGGGCUGGUAGAUCGUCACUGGACACCCAUCAGUGAGCUGUGUAAUCCCUGUGGAGGUGACUAUAAAUAUGUUGUGCAUUUGGAGAACCCGGAUGAGGCCAACUAUGUGCUCGGCCUCCUGCUCGAGAACAACACCCUCCCCUGGAAGCACAGGUCCAUAGGAGUCACGACGAACAAUACUAAUCGUUCGUUCUUUGCGAAUAUCCCCAAGAAAUUAAUUGACAGAAUUGUUAAUAUAUAUAUACUGGAAUUUAAACUUUUUGGGUAUCAUGAAAAUAGUUUCUAAAGCAGUGAAGUCGUCAAUAUGUUGCAGGGAAUCUGCGUAACUAGGGAAUUCAAGUAAUCCUUAAAUUACAUACCUAAGGAUUUCAUGGAGUCCCUAAAAUAUGUAGAGUUACCUCCGCAUGAACGCACCGUGGCUUGGGAGUAUGUAAAGGCUCUGGUACGAGACGUGGCAUCACAGCGUGGUAGUCAUUGGCGUGAAACCGUGGAUUUCCCGGUUUACGGUGGCUGCACAACAAUACUGCCUGACACUCAGUAGAGUUCGUUUAUUUUUUUACCCCCUUUAUUGUUUGUAUCUGAUCCAAACAAUGUAUUUUUCACUGUUUCACUCCCAUGCCUUCAGCCCCGAGGUGGAAUGCCUGUACCCGGAGCUGUGAUACCUUCAUCUGUACCUCGGGAUUUCACGUAUCUAAGGUGAUCUCUGAAACAUUCACUAAAUUCUUAUAAUUGCUAAAAUCGACAGCUAAUCCAACCUAACCUAACCAAGUUUAAGAAAACACCCUCACUGAAACACAAUAUUGCUCUGCCACACACCAAGAUGCUAGUGUUUGAUCAAUAAUGCCAACAAUAUGGUAAUUAAGCAGUGAUCACUACUCUUAAACCCUGGAGUUGAAUAGAAAUGUGUUACUUGCUGAUCUAGUGAAUGAUUUAAGUCUAGAUGCACAAUCAAAGACAAAAGUCGUGUCGCGGUUUUGUCCGAAGAUUAAAUAUAACUCGUGAAACAUUAUGAGAGCCUCUUACCACAGUUACUUACUCGUGGUUGUCAAGCAUCAAAAGUUUAGUCCGUCGGCAUAUCUUCCAACCAAAUUUCGCCACACGACUUUUGUCUUUCAUUGUACACACACUUUAAAAAGUAUCUUUACUUACCGACGAGUUUCAAAAUAAACUCUGCGACUCCUGGUGUCACGGGAGGGUUGUCAAAAUCCUCUUGUCUUCUCUUCUGCUUCACAACUGGCCUAAAUAUUUUCCUUUCUGUGGUAUUUAAUUAAUUUAUCUGUGUCUCUUGUAGCACUAAUUCCUUUAAUAAUUAAAUGAUGUUUUAAAGCAGAAUCCACAUUCAACACCUACCAUUUAUCCUCUUUUACUGAACAAAAAGGUAAAUGAUAUCCUCCAUGUAAUUAUUGCUCUAUUAACAGCAUUACCUUCAGAGUACAGUCAUGACCUAACCAAAUAAUACUUCUGUGAUGUUAGAUUAGUCUUAUAAGAAGCGUUAAUAUGUUGUGUAUAGUAUUAGUGUUAUCUAUGUGAGACAACAGAUGGUGUACAACUUUAAGAUGUACAUAGGGAAUCAGUAUUAAAUACACCGUUAAUUAUG